AUGUGUAACAUAUUUCACAAGUUCACCAUGGGGCUGCGGCACUUUUUAAAGGACUAUUUUCUUGGUUUUUGGGACUAUGAGACACCAAAGGUGAUGGUGGUUAAAAACAGAACUCUUGGAGUCAUUUACAGAGGCGUUCAGUUUCUUGUGAUCACCUAUUUCAUCUGGUAUGUCUUCAUAAGUCAGAAAGCCUACCAAGAGACCGAAACCCGCCCAGAGAGCUCAGUUUACACACUCAUGAAAGGCACAGCAGUUCAUGGAGAUGAUAUUUUGGACACUGUGGAGUACGCAAGACCCUCUGAGGGCGGUGAUGUGAUUAGUACGAUAUUGAGGCGAGAAGUGACCCAUGAUCAGAAGCAAGGAACCUGUGCAGAGUAUUUCAAAGUUGCCAAUGCCAACUGUACGAAAGACUCUGACUGUGUCAAGGGAGCAGUUGACUUUAAUGGCCAUGGCAGAAGGACCGGCAGAUGUAUUCAGUACUACAACCACACCUUCAAAACCUGUGAGAUCCAAACCUGGUGUCCCAUUGAGGAAUACGCUGUAGUACGAGAACCAGCACUAGUGGAGGCCAUCAAUUUCACAGUGUUCAUCAGGAACUCUAUCCACUUCCCCAGAUUUAAAGUGCUGAGGGGAAAUAUCAAAGAUGCUUCAAACAAACGUGACAUGCAGAGAUACCUCAAUAAAUGUCAUUAUCAUGAGGAGAAGGAGCCCUACUGUCCAAACUUCCGUCUGGGCUACAUCGCAAGUCACGCCAGGGAGAAUUUCAGCGAGCUCUGCAGGACUGGGGGAGUGAUAGGAGUUUUCAUCAACUGGAAGUGCAACCUGGACCUGGAUCCUUCACACUGUAAACCUAAAUAUUCUUUCCGUCGUCUUGACCUCCGAAAAGAUCAGGCCAGCUCUGGCUACUAUUAUAGGUUUGCCAAAUAUUACAGUAAGGAUGGAGUAGAGUCCCGGACGCUCAUCAAGGCCUUCGGAAUGCGUCUGGAUGUCAUAGUUCAUGGACAAGCUGGUAAAUUCAGUCCCAUCCCAACCAUCAUCAGCACGGUGACCGCCCUGACAUCAGUUGGGAUUUGUACCAUUAUCUGUGACUGGAUUAUGCUGACAUUUAUUGACAAGAAUGAAGUCUACAGUGAUAGAAAAUUUGAUGAGGUUAUCAAGGAGCCCACGGUGCCCAAGGUGACCACUUCCACAGAGCUCAGCUUCAUCCACAGCUACGGCUCAAACCAUUCAGACCUGUCAGAAGGCGUGCCGCUGUAAAGUCCUCACAGUUGCCUCAGUCCUCGAUGGGCAAGAGUGUGGACGCUCCUCUAUCAGCUGACUGCGGCAACAACAGCAGUGGUUUCUCGGGUGCCUGCAGCAGCUCAGUUAUGGGCUGCCAGUGGACGCUAUGCUUUUGUUAGUGGAAAUAAAUUGACAAGAGAACCAGUGACGGAGGGCACCAUCUCUUUAAGACAGCUGAUUGUGUGAAAGUUUCUGCCUGUGCAGUGGAUUCAGCUCAUAUAUAUCAUCUCAAACCUCGAAGAACCCCAACUGUGUGACAAUGCAAUUAAUUGUCUUUCACUUGACAUGACUUGCAGUAACACCACUCAG